GCGCGGUGCGAGCCCGCGGGGCCUGCCCCGGGCCCCGUUACCCGCCCGCAGGGUGGGGCGGCCCCGCCCCGGCCCCGCUGCCCACUGCCGGGCGGAGCCGCUCGGCGCCGGUGCGAGCGCGGCGCAGCGGGCCCGGCCUGGAGACUCUGCUUGCUGUUGGAAGAUGGGAGAGAUAGAAGGAACCUACAGAGUUCUGCAGACACCGGGCUCUCGUUUGGGUGCCCAGAAGAGCUCAGGAGUGAGUACCUUGGAGCCAGGACAGAACCUCCUGACUGCCAUGGCAGCAUCGCCUGCCAAAGCGCACGAGCGCGACCUCCCCGUCAAAAUCAAGAUGUUGGACAACACGGUGGAAGUUCUUGACAUUGAGUCAAAAUGUUAUGGCCAGACAUUAUUGACAGAAGUUUACAAGCAUCUGAAUUUGAUUGAGUCAGACUACUUUGGAAUUGAGUUCCAGAAUAUCCAGUCAUAUUGGAUUUGGCUGGAACCUAUGAAACCUGUUAUUAAACAAGUACGGAGACCAAAGACUACAAUGCUUCGUCUGGCUGUAAAGUUUUUCCCUCCUGACCCGGGUCAGCUGCAAGAGGAAUAUACUAGGUACCUGUUUGCAUUGCAAAUCAAGAGGGACCUGGCAGAGGAGAGGCUGACCUGCAGUGACAACACAGCUGCCCUGCUGGUCUCCCACCUUCUGCAGUCUGAAAUAGGAGAUUUUGAUGAAUCAGAAGAUCGAGAACACCUUAAAACAAAUCAGUAUUUGCCAAACCAGGAAAAACUUGAAGGAAAGAUCCUGGAGUUCCACAGGAAGCAUGUGGGUCAAACUCCUGCUGAAUCUGACUUUCAAGUGCUUGAAAUCGCCCGGAAACUGGAGAUGUAUGGCAUCAGAUUCCACCUCGCCUCCGACCGUGAGGGCACCAAAAUCAAUCUGGCAGUUUCACACAUGGGUGUGCUGGUGUUCCAGGGUAACACAAAAAUCAAUACCUUCAACUGGUCCAAGGUCCGUAAGCUGAGCUUCAAGAGGAAAAGAUUUCUUAUUAAGCUCCACCCAGAGGGCCCAUAUCAAGAUACCUUGGAGUUUCUUUUGGGAAGUAGGGAUGAGUGUAAAAACUUCUGGAAAAUCUGUGUAGAGUAUCACACAUUCUUUAGGCUCUUCGACCAGCCAAAGCCAAAGGCUAAAGCAGUGUUCUUCACCAGAGGGUCAUCAUUCAGAUACAGUGGGCGAACACAGAAGCAACUAGUGGAUUAUAUAAAGGACAGUGGGAUGAAGAGAACCCCAUAUGAAAGGAGGCACAGCAAGGUCAGAGCAUCCACCCGCACCUCGAACGCAGACGUGCCAAAGCAGAGUGUCCCAUUCACUGAGGGCUUGAGAACUCCAGGGUCUCCUGCCUCAACAGCUGCCCCCUUCCACUCAGUUCACUCCUUGGCCAGUCCUGCUUCUAUCCUGCCCAUGUUUGCUGAACCCAGCCCCUCCUCCUUGGACCCCCGAGCACCGUACACAAGGAUUCCAGACAAAACCACUGCAGCACCAGUGGAAGAAGUGGGGAGGAAGCUGAUGCAGCAGCCUGGAUCUCCCGUGCUCCAAGGCGUGCCCGUGGACCAUCCCCAGCUGUCCUCCCUUGUGCUGAAGAGUCCCCUGGGCUUGCCCCCAGCCUUUCAGGUGAAUGCAGUCACCCAGGGCUCAUCCCCUGUGCUCAGCCCUGUCCUCAGCGAUGCUGGCGGCGCCAGGAUAGAGGAGGAUGACGAAAUGAAGAGGAAGCGCUGCCCCACUGACAAGGCAUACUUCAUAGCAAAGGAGAUCCUUGCCACAGAACGCACCUAUUUAAAGGACCUGGAGGUCAUUACAGUGUGGUUCCGCAGUGCCGUGAUCAAGGAGAAUGCCAUGCCAGAGGGCCUGAUGACACUGCUCUUCUCCAACAUAGACCCCAUCUACGAGUUCCACCGAGGCUUUCUGAAGGAGAUUGAGCAGAGGCUCUCACUCUGGGAAGGCAGAAGCAAUGCCCACGUGAAAGGGGAUUUCCAGCGCAUCGGAGACGUCAUGCUCAGGAACAUGCGCUCUCUGAAGGAGUUCACCAGUUACCUGCAGAAACACGACGAGGUCCUGACGGAACUGGAGAAAGCAACCAAACGCCUCAAGAAGCUGGAGACGGUUUAUAAGGAGUUUGAGCUGCAGAAGGUUUGCUACCUGCCCCUCAACACCUUUCUGCUCAAACCCAUCCAGAGACUGAUGCACUACAAGCUGAUCCUGGGGAGGCUGUGCAAGCACUACACGGCAGAGCACCGGGACUUCGCCGACUGCCGCAAUGCCCUGAAGGAAGUCACAGAAAUGACCUCACAGCUACAGCACAGCCUCAUCCGCCUGGAAAACUUCCAGAAGCUCACAGAGCUGCAGCAUGACCUGAUUGGGAUAGACAAUCUCACAGCACCUGGCAGGGAGUUUAUCCGGGAAGGUUGCUUGUACAAGCUCACUAAGAAGGGCUUACAGCAGCGGAUGUUCUUUCUGUUCUCAGAUAUGUUACUGUACACAAGCAAAGGGGUCACAGGGACAAAUCAGUUCAAAAUCCACGGGCACCUCUCUCUGCAUGGCAUGUUGGUGGAGGAGAGUGAGAAUGAAUGGUCUGUCCCACACUGCUUCACAAUCUAUUCUGCACAGAAAACCAUAGUGGUGGCAGCCAGCACCCGCCUGGAGAUGGGCAAGUGGAUGGAAGACCUGAACGUGGCAAUUGAAAUGGCCAAGAAAUCCACAGAGAAAUCCGAGAUGCUUCUGGAAAACUCCGUCUGCAACCGCUCCAACAGAUCCUCUGAUGAGGUCUCAGUAGAGCAGGAGUCCGAAGAUGACAUUCACUCCUCCCGUAGCUCCCUGGACAGGCAGAGCCAGCACCGUGCCAACACCACGGUGCACGUGUGCUGGUACCGCAACACCAGCGUCUCCAUGGCCGACCACAGCGCGGCCGUCGAGAACCAGCUCUCUGGGUAUUUGCUGAGGAAGUUCAAGAACAGCAAUGGCUGGCAGAAACUGUGGGUCGUCUUCACCAACUUCUGCUUGUUCUUCUACAAGACACACCAGGAUGAUUAUCCCCUGGCCAGCCUCCCCCUGCUCGGCUACACCGUCAGCUGCCCUGUGGAGGCAGAUGGCAUUCAGAAGGAUUAUGUCUUCAAGCUGCAGUUCAAGUCCCACGUGUAUUUCUUCAGGGCUGAGAGCAAAUACACCUUUGAGAGGUGGAUGGAGGUGAUCAAAAGAGCCACCAGCUCUCCUGCCAGGUCGAGCCUGCUGCUUCCCAAGGAGAAGGACACUCACACAGAGUGACGUGGGGCAGAGCUGGAUCUCUGCUGGCAACACCAUCCAAACAGGCGGGAACAGCAGGCUCUGCAGUUGGCAAAGCAAAGACCAGGAGGCUCCUUCCCCCCAGAAUGGAAAGUGGGAGUGAGGGGCUGCAGCCAGGGAUCACAUCCAUUCCCAGUGGGGUGGAAGAGGGGCAAGUCUGUUCCAGCUGAACCUACAGCAGCAGUGCUGGGUGCACACGUCGUGGAAGGGCUCUUGUUCCAUUGUACCUGUACAGUGACACCUUCACCUGCCCUGCAGGCAGCUCCCACCUUCUUUUUACAUUUUGACUGGAUGAUCAGCACGCAUGGGAGAAAAGCAGCAGCUUCCAGGGGUGCAGCUGGCUGGCAGCAGUGGGUGCAGGGCUCCCUGCCCCGGCUGCUCGUGGGGCUGGCAGCACAACCUGUCCUGCUGCUGCUGUAACCAGCACAGCUGCCUCAGACCAACAGGAACACACCACGUGCUGGCUCCCUCCCAGCUCAUUCUGAAGCUCUCCCAGGACAGCUGUGCUCCUCAGGAGCUGCCAAGGCAGCAGGUUUCCAGGCAAGCAGGAAGACUGAGUCUCUGCUGAGCUGUCGAGGUAUUGGUGGAUUGUGGGUCGGUGCAGGGGGGUGCAUGGUUUGUCCUCUGGGCUCAAUCACUGCUCUCAUAUCACAGCUCCAGUUCUUUAUCCUGUAGUAGGAGUUAAGUAAGGCAUGGGAUGGCAAACACUCUCCACUCUGGUGUGGGUGAUGUUUUCAAGGCAUUUAAGCACUGUAGGAGAACAAGCCUCUGGAAGUCACUGUUGCUUGUGCUUUUGUCAUGCAAAGACUUGUGAAAAUCCCUCAUCUUCUAUUUCAGUUUGGGGUGGGAUCCAUCUUCUGUUUCUCAUGAAGGUAAAAGUCACUGGAUUCCAGAUGGAGCAUUAGUGUCUGUGGACUCUAUUAAAUUUCUGUAUUAAAUCUGAAAUGUUUGCAGCUUGUUCUCUUUUGUAAAGCUGUCACCUUUGGGUGCCUCCACAGAAGGACUGACAUUUGCUAAGUGCCACAAGAUGCUGUUGGACGUGGCUUUGAGGGGCUGUGGGGACUCUGGUUUGUAGUAGAUAGAGAAGUGUUUGUGUACUAAUGGAAGGAACAAUGCAGUGAAGCAAAAAUGAAGUGAAAGCAAAAGGAAAGUGUUGCAUGCUCUGAGGAUGGAGGAAUGUGGAGAUCCCAUGGGACAAUGGGAUGGACAGAGUGUUCAGUUAUGGUCUCAAGCAUUUGUGGGAUGAGGACUGAAGGGAGGGGGAAUCCAGAGGGAUUUUCUUGCUUGGCAUUUGCAUCCUAGAGGAGUGACUGCAGAUCCAGCCUUUGCCACCACUGUCACAAAGACCAUUGUCCCAUCUAAGUUAAAUGUACUUAAUUUAUUAGCAUCUUCAUUUAUUAUUUUUUUAAUUACCUGUUGUAGGUGUAUCCAUGUGGAUUGAUUAGACAUGUUAUACUGUGGCUGAAUGUGACUGUUCAAAGUAAAUAGCAUCUUGGUAUAAAA